GUCAAUUAACACGAAUCAACAUCACUAUGACUUAUCUCAACAAGUUUGUUCAGACGCCCAGGCGGGCGCGUCACUUCACCGCCUUCUGGUCGGUCCCUCUAAUUGUUUGUUGUUGUCCUGGGCCAUCAACAUUUGCUGAUGCUCGGGUAGGCCCGGGACUAGUCCUUAUGAGGAAGCUGGGGUCUCCGAAUGCGCACCGAAGGAAUAUUUUUGCCCUCGGGUUUCGACCUUUGGGCGUCGGACGUAAGGCAACGAGAUCAACACAUGAGUGUACUGGCAUUUGAAUAUACUAAUACCCCGAGUCACUGCAAAAAUGAGCCUCGUCGCUCGCGAUUGAUAAUCAUGUGGAUCAAUGGUCUAUGCUUUUCGUAUACGAAUGGUCAAUGAUAUAUAUAAUAUAACAAUCACUAGCUACUCCCGCGUGUCCGGCACAACCGGCAUUCCACCCCAACAACAAAACCUAUUUCCAAUUCAACCCUACC